AUAAGAAGAAUACCUAUUUGAGUUAUUUCUCGAUGUCAUACAAUAUUCGCACAGAGUGCCACGCGUGUCUCGGCCGUAUUACUGUCGAUCGACACGAAUAAUCUACAUCAGCGUUAGGUACCCAAAAUGUUUCUUCACCGCCGGACCACUCGAGGUUCAUUAAACACACUACACUGCAGACACUCGCUCGCUUGUGCAGGGAUUCAAACCUGCCCUCUUCGCGAGCGCACAACGUACACAUACACGUUAUUCGUUUAUUACAGUUACAACAAUGAACCGCUGCCAUGGUUGACGCAGUUUAUCGAGGUAACAUCGACGAGUUGCUGUCUGUGAUUAACCACCUGAAGAAAUACAUAAUCGCAUUCAUAAUCGUUCUACUGGUGCUGUUAUCGGUGUUUCAUUUCUCCAAGUUUUCAGUACAUGUCGUACCACUGAUCAUCGUCACGUUAGUACUGUUGCCGGCCGUCUACUACACAACCGUUCUCGUUUUGAAGUUCAGCACCAGCGUAAUUGCUUCGAAUCAAGUCGGAGAAGUCUCGACAAUGAACUCUGAAAACAACCAACAAGUCCUAAAAACUCCCGACCUCCCAUACCCGAACAGUCCGACACCGCCGCCGUCGUACGAGGAAGCGACGCGAAACGACCAUUACUAUCAACCACAAUCGUGGUUGCCUUCGACUAGCAGCGGGUAUACCAGCAGUGGUCACUCAACAAUACCCACUGUGUUCAGUGUUGAGUACCAGUACAACGAUACCAUGUCAAGUGUUCACAGAGGUAUACCGGCUGUGACCACAACCACACAAAAUCAGACCCAAGACGAUUGCACGUCGUCGCACAAGUCUACAAUCCAAAAUAUUCCCAGUGUGACCAUAACGUUGGACAAUGAUCAACAUCCAACUGAAAUGUAAUGAAAUAAUAAUAGUUGGGAGUCUAAUACAGAGUGUCAGGAUUUGAGUUUGACGAAAAUCUGCAGGAUUAUAAGGACAACCGAUUUAACUAAGAUAAUCCUAAAAAUUAUGGUAAUCUGAAUUGUCAGGGUACUUAACACAGACAAUUUAGAUAAUUGAAUUUUCUUAACUAUUAUAUUUUUAAUGCUUAAAUUAUUUAACUGAAUUAUUAUGAUUAUUUAGAAUAAAAUAAUAAAAAUUAUUGUUAUUAUGAUUACAUAGGUACCGCAUUUAAUAUUUGUCAAAUAAUUAUUUGUAAAAUCGUUAAAAAAAUAUUUAUAGUAGGUACCAGGUACCAGUUAACUUAACUAAUAUCAUCAUAUUAUAUUAUAUUGUUAUUUAAUUUUA